GCCGUAAACAUACAGCGUUCCGUGAGCAGAAUGUCGUUCAUUUUACGCCAAAUACCAUUUACAUUUAAAUGCAACACGUUUGCAAACGUUCGUGGCGGUUUGUGUGCGCUUCGUUCCAGCGCGGUCCCGCGGAUUCCACACCACAAUCAACUGUACAGCGGGCGCCCACCGUCAACAUUGCUGGCGCCUCAACUAUCAGCAUUACACAACCAGCAGCAGCCGGUGCGCGGUAAAUCGAAGAAAUCUGGCAAACAGUCGGCCCGCACUGUGGAGGAGGACGAGGACGAGGGGCAGGAGGACGGUGUAGACGAGUACGAGGAGCUGCUGCGGGACAAACACACCCAUACGGUUCGUGUCACGGUGAACUCGUUGCGGGCGGAUCUGCUGCUAAAAGCCGGACUCGGCAUUGCACGAAACAAGGUGGAAACACUGUUCUACGACAGCAAGAUACGGGUGAACGGGAAGCGGUUGAUGAAGAAGAGCGCCCAGCUGGAGGUGGAGGACGAGAUCGAUGUGGUGCGCGGACCGAGUCCAUCCAAUCCGGACCAUUUGAUCGUGUCGCGGGUUGAGAUCCUAUCGGUAACGCCCCGUACGGAGAAUCUGUCCGUAACGCUGCGGCGACACAAAUCGCUUAUAAUCGAGAACUACCAGGACCACGGUUCGCACGGUGACGGUCAGGACAAAUAGGUUAGAUUUAGGGAAUUGGAGACAGAUGGAUCGGGGAGAUUAGCCAUUGUUUGACGGGAAAGUUUUGCUGAUAUAAAGAGUAAGUGUAAUUAAGCAACUAACUAAAUACAUUAAUAACUUGUAAAAAAAAGAGAUAAAAUACUUCUUGCAGUUGACGUAACAUUGAGGGUUCGAACCAUUUCAAGUCGGGCACCUAGGUUGAUUGGAAUAUUGAUAGUUGCUGUAUUAGAGAUGGCUUUUCAGUACUUCUGUAUUAAUUUUGGCACGUUUUACUAAGAGAUAAGUCUGCUUUCAAGGAAAUUCAUCAUUAAGACAUGCAACUAGUGUAGUUAUCACCUUCCAUCGUGCUUCGGAGAGCAAUAUUUUUGUUCAAAAUAGAUGAAACCCAUCCCCAAAAUGUUACAGAUAGCGGUCAACCACCAACGGAAAUAAUCUAACUGUCUUUAAACCUUGAAUAUGCGGUGCGAAAUAAGGACUUACAUA